UCAACUUCCCUCUCUCUCUCUCUCUCUCUCUCUCUCUCUCUCUCUCUCUCUCUCUCUCGCUGCUUAUCUGAUUCCCUUUGAUUGGUGAAGCUUCGAUGAAGAAGGUUCCAUCAACGCCAGCUAAGAAGACGACGGUUAAGGAUGAGUGGGUGGCGGCUGCGAUGACGGACGACCAGAUGGUCGCAGAGCUUCUUUUACGUCUGAAACACGCGGGGACGGAGACUCCGGAGACGAAUCCGGCUCCUCUGCGGUGGGGAAUCCGUCAAAGGAGGUCGCGGUCCUCGAGAUUCGGCGGCGGAGGCGUUACGUUGAAGAAGGAUGCGGAUUCGGUUAGAGGUAGUCCGAAGACGCCGCUCUCCUGGAGCGGCGGAUCUGGAGGUGGCGGCGUGGGCGGCGACUCUGCGUCUCCCUCCGCGGUAACUGCCGAUGGAUUCGAGGACACCAGUCGCCAAGCUAGCUGCUCCACGUCUACAGGUUACGGAUCUAAGGCUUUCCCCACAAACGAGUUUACCAGUUCUUUUUCCAAGAGAUUGAAGAAAAACAAGUCAUCUUCUGAGCUUAAACACGAAGAGAACUUGAAGUUGAAGGAAAGACUCCACCUUGAAAAGGAGAUUGCAAGUCUCCGAUCAACGUUCGACCAACAAAACGUAAGGAACCAAAGGUUGAAGAGGAUUAAGCUUGACUUGAAUUCAGGCCGUGUCAAGAACGAGACUCCUGUUGAUCUGAUUCGUAAAUCACAAGGCGAAUCAAAACCUUGCAGAAUAGAGGGCAAGACCGCUACCUCCGAGAGCUUCUUCUCCCUCCCUGACCUCAACAUAACACCAUCCGAGGACGAGUUAUUGUAUGGAACUACUAGCUAAAGUAACAAGAUUUUUAUAGAUCUCUAUCUGAUUUACAAUCUAGAAAGGGAGCCAGAGACUUUAACAGAGAAAAGUGAAUGUAUAUUGUCUAUUCCCAUCAUUCUUGUUUUCUACUUUCUUGCUUUUAUGGGGGUAAAACACUCAUUACUUCUUGUUUUUCUCAGAAGAAAGUGAAUGUUACGUUGUCGUUC